UUGCCCUAUAUGUCGCUCACAACGAGGAACGUCGAUAGAACGCACGCGAUGAGGCUGUGCGCGAAGCCCUUGAGUGGAAGCACAAGUUCUUGACAGAGCAAGAGCGCCGACGAGAACUAUCUAGAGCGCUCCUCGCCUUUCUCAAGCAGGAACCAUCAAACGUACACAACGCUACGAUCAAUAAGGUCCCCUCCACAAUGCUCAGGGGCAACAUCCCCGACACUACCGCGUUGCUCACACCCACCCUUCCUUCCUUCGACCUGGAUUAUGACGACGACGACGAGUCCACGGACGAAGAUGUUGCCACCGCAUCCAAUCCGUCGCACAGUCGGCGCCACGUAAACCGUCCAGUGACGUUGACCUUGGACGACGACCCGCCCCUGCAAGUGCGACCCGCGCGUUCCAGCACGAUCGACUCUGGCACUCGACCCCACAUGUCCUCCCUUCUUCUCCCGCAUCACCUCCGCGGCGGCGACGACAAGGAGCACAAUCGCAUGAUUCGCAUGUUGUACUCUCGGUCCAUCGUCGGUCAAGUGCAUGUCGACGCGCACUCGCGGCGCCUGCACGACCUCGUGCAGAGCAUGACGUGCUUCCAGACCAAGAAGGAUCGCGUGUUCGAGCACUUCGUCGUCACGGGGCUCUUGACGUCUUCAUCCUCCGGCCUCGAGCGCGCAACAGCCGCCGACGGCAACGAUGAUAGUUCGUGUGGCUACAAGCCCAAAGUGCUGUUUCAGUACCCUCCACCGUCCAUCCAUCCGAUCAACGAACAAGCCGUGAGUGGGUUUUGCUUUCCCGUAGGCGUGCCUGCGUUUACAUGCUCUGGCAAAGACGCAGUGGCUAUCCAAGGCCAUCUGGUAUCGCAGUGGACAUUGGAUGGGCCCAGCACCCUGCGCCAACUCCUGGAUCCACACAAUGCCCAAUGCUACACAUUCCGCCUCACAGGAUCCAAAGGCGAAGCUCUGUAUGGCUUUUGCGCCGCCAUUCUCAUGGACGCAGCAGAACCACCCAUUUUGAUUGACCAAUCAAACGGCACCGCACACGUGGCAACACAAGAACAACGGGUCGACGCCCCGUUAACCCGUCCGGUGCACCCGAGCACGCCGCCGGCAUCGCCCACCAAGAAGAAACCCAUUCCCACGUCAUUGUCUGCGACAACGUUCCAUUCGCUUGCUGGCAUUUUGGCCUCCCCUGUCACAGCAAAGUCGGACGAUGAUAGAGGAACUACGCUGAUUACGCCGCGAUGUUAUUGCAUCACAAGCAAGUACCCGUUGUACAAAUUGCACUUUCAGAUCCUUCGACUUGUGAUUGAAGCCGAUUUGAAAUCCAGGCAAGCUGCGCGCACAAGUCCGGCCUACCACCGCGCCCAGGACAUCGAGGUGGUGCUGACGCAGAGAGUGCUCGGGCUGACCUUGCGGGAGCGCGACGAGUCGGUGCAUCAUCCCUCUCGGGGCAUCAAGCCGCGGGACGCCGCCUUGUUGAACGCUAUCGCUACCAAGCAAAAGACAAGCGGAGUUGUCGCUAUUGCAGAGACCAGAGACGGCGCCAGGACGCCUCCCAAGACCCCCCCGUCCCCCCCCACGACAGCUCAGAGCCCUCCUCGGCGUCGUCUCGUCCGAAGUCAUAGCUGGACGGCGAAUUUCACACGACCCAAGCAAAAGCAGCCCCUGGGCACGCCGUCCGGCUGUCGACCGACUACUUCGAUCGUUGUGCACGCGUGCUCUGCCGCCGCGUCCGCCGCCGGGAUCGAGCCAGAUGACAUUGUCCGCGCCGUGAACGGGUUUCCGCUAGAUCACAUGACGUUCGUGGACGUGGUGCACCUGCUCGAGUCGUCCAAGCGACCGCUCAAGCUGGGGCUGCGACGACGGCUGCCCGCCACCAAGCCCCCGUCAGCUCCCCCGACGUCACCGGGCGCCAAGGACAGCUCGUCGUCGUCCUCUGCGGUCUUGGAUGUACGACGGACGCCGCUCUCGUACAUGCAAGUGGAUCCUAAGUGGAUGAUGUAUGUAGCUCCUGCGGAGGUUCCGCGGCAUGCAAGUGGGGAGUCCUGGCGCGUGGUCGUCGAUUCAUUUGCCUCUCACCGAGUUCAAGUAUCGGGUAUGGAACCCAAAGAACAUUCGAUCAUGACACCGUAUCGCAUGUCCGUCCACCCAUCCGUUGUCACAGUUUCUGCACAUUGUCACAGUUUGUGCACAUUAUAACUUACCCCGAUGGCUCGUAGUUUCCCGUGGAUCAAGCAGCGACGGACAACUGGACAGUGGCGGUGCUGCUCCGACUCGUGGGCGCCCCCACCGUCGUCAAGCUCGUGAGCUGCCUGCUCCUCGAGAAGCAGGUGGCGAUCGUGAGCGACAGCACCGCCAAGUUGUCAGUAGUUAGCACGGCGCUGCUCGUGCUCCUGCGGCCGUUCCAGUGGCAGUCGACGUUCAUUCCGAUCUUGCCGGCCAACCUGCUCGAGUUUCUGCACUCGCCCGUGCCCUACCUCGUGGGCGUCCACAGCGUGGUCGUGACUAUGGAGGACUGGCCCGACGUGUGCUUUGUGCACGUGGAUGCUGACUCGAUGCAGUGCCCAUACUCGUCCCUCUUGCUCUCGUUUCCCAGAGCCAACGACCUCACCAAGCUCCUCCAUGACGCCAGCGCCGCGUUGCGGGCGAUGUCGUCUCGUCCAGGCCAGCCAUGGCAUGAUCUCACGGGUGGAUGGAUGCGCCUCUCGUGUGAAUACAAGCUUAUAUUGGUGGAUAUGUAGAAGCCGAGCAAAACGUGCUGGGGCUGUUGCUGCCCCAAGCAAGCGCCGUCCUCACGGCCAUUUGCGGCGAUCUCGCGGCCUUGAACAUGCCACCACCUCCCCCCGUCCAUGCAGCACAUAUGUCGACGUACGACGUGCUGCAGCAGCAGUUUCAUGCGCUGGUCGUGCACAAGAGUUUGCACCCCCACUUCCUCAAAGAAUUUGCGCAGACGCAACUCUUUUGCCAGUACUGCGAGCUUUCAAUGAACCUGUCCAUGUAACCCCCUUUGCCACACGUGAUACGAGUAGUACUAGUAGUAGUAC